AGGCGAAUUUGGCCUUGAGUGCUACCAAAUCAGUCUUCUAUCAACUUCUGACAAUUCAAUAAUUUUAAUUCACCGUUCGCAGGAAAUAGUGUUGAUUUUUAGAACCAAUAUUAUUAUUUAAAACAAACUUUUCCCCCAAGUAUCAAGAUGAUAAGCGAUGUACAAUUGGCAAUUUUCUCCAACGUGUUGGGCGUUUUUCUGUUUCUUUUAGUGGUAGCGUACCACUACAUAACAGCCAACGCCACUCCAACUUUAGCGAAAACUAAAUAGACCACCGCAACUAUUUAUUGAUUGCAUAGUUAUUUAUAAAAUAAACCUCAAAAAAAUGAAAUAAACUACGAAAUCAAAAUAAACAGUA